GUGCUGCCAACCCAUUCAUUGGUACUCAAAGUUCCAUCGCCUAGACGACUGUUUAUAUUAUGGCAGAGACUCUACAGUCAGAGAAACGCAAGUUGCGGGCAUGUCUUCUUUGCUCUCUUCUCAAAACACAACAGAGGUUCAAGAUGGAAGGAUGUGACAAUUGUGAAGAAGUCCUUUUGUUCAAGAACAACACAGAGCGAAUGCUGGAGUGCACAUCUGCCAACUACGACGGAGUUAUUGCGCAAAUGAAGCCAGAGGUGUCGUGGGUUGCUCGCUGGCAGCGAGUAGAUAAGUUUAGCAAAGGACUUUAUGCCAUUCGAGUAGGCGGGCAGUUACCGUAUGAGGUCGAAGAAGAACUUAUUGACAAGGGAAUCAAGUAUAGGCCUCGUGAUGGCUCUGUCAAAGAUUAAUACCAGAUGGCAUGCAUAUGGUGUGUAAGAUGGCCAGAACUGCAGAUAAAUGGCAUCAAUUCUGUAUAAUAUUGACCGAGCUGCUGCCAAGUAUAGUUGAUCUGCAAGAUUUUGAAUCCAUUUUAAUAUCGAUCGAGAAUGUCGGCCAUUUGAUACUAGAUAUA